AUGCCGUAUGUGCAUCCUGUGUCGCACAAUUUGAAGAAGAUUGGUCGCAAGCAUGGGGUUGACGUCGUGCUCACAGCCCCCUGCAAACUGGCCAAGCUGUGCUCCAAGGAAUUCAGUGAUUUACUACGACGUUCUGUUUCUGCAGUGAGUGUCAUCACGCUAGAUGACAAAUGCAUAUGGGGCACUAAGCUAGGCCUAUACACUUGCUCCCAGGUGAAGGAAGGCAUCCUGCCACUGGACAAUGAGACGGUGGUCGACCGUACGCGCAGCAACUGCAGCUCUCCUCUUGGCGAGCAGACCCUUGUUCUGCUCUUUGGCAACAACAGCCUCUCCUUGGUAUUUGCCAAGAAUGCCACAGUCUACCUGCACAAGGUCUUUGUCGACUUCUUCUUCACCUCGGAGCUCUUCCCAAAUGCUUCCAAGCCAGAGGAGCACUUGACGGUGUACAACGACACGCUCAUGCUGUACAGUGUCCCAGAGGAGCGGUCCUACCACUGUAAGGUAGACCAGCCUGUCUACAUUGGUGCCAAUGUCACCUUGGAUGUGCUCAGUGUGCAGCUGCAAGCUUUUAGAAACACCACCUCUGAGGCUGCAGGACAGUUUGGUGACGCUGUGGAGUGCUCGGCAGGCGACAUCAGCAACAUCGUGCCCAUUGCGGUUGGCUCUGCACUGGCAGCCCUGGUGAUCAUUGUGCUCAUUGCCUACCUCAUUGGGCGCAGCAAGAGCCGACAGAAGGGAUACCAGUCAGUCUAGGAGUGGCCCUUCUCGUUGUUCGUUUUGUUUUCACUUCUCUUUCCCUGAACUGGAGAUAUGUUACUUUUUUUCUGCUCCUUCCCUGUUAAUUGGUACGCACGCAUCUUGUGCGACUGUCACUGGUGCCCAGCAUCCAGACGGGCACUGUUGCCUAGCACACCUGCGGUAUGCGGCGACACUUAUUGGCUACAUGUGCGCAGCUUCGCAAUUGAUUCAUGUGGCUACAAAUACUUUUAAUGCGCAGGUUUUCCUUCUUGUGUUGCAGACAGUGUACAUAUGGGGAAGGAGCCUUAAACGUUGGUUCCUAUGUGUAGUUCGUUCAUUUCCUAGGUUUUUAAUUGUAAUGAGCUGGGGGGAGGAAAAGAACGCUGCCCCCGACUGUAGUAUGCCACGAUUGAUGUGAGGUCCCGGUACCCUCUUUGGCAGAAGUACUUUUCAUGUUUGAGUGUUUUUACUGAAAGUUAAUAAACAGCUACUUUCUA